UCAUCGGCGGCGGCGCAUUUGACCGGCGUCCCACAUGUCUACGUAUAGGAUAUAUAUAUUAGUGAAUAUACAUGGUGCACGCUAUAACUCCUGGUGGGUGAUGAAAUUGAACGAAGAAAUAUUAUAUUCUGUAAGACGCAUUUAAUACCAUUUUAAAAUUUGUAAGCAUGUGUGAAAUGUAUGAUGAAAUUUUAACGGAGGGACUUAACGGGGUUAUUAUAAAUAAAACGGAAGAUGUAGAUAUAGUAAAUCCAUGGAAUGUAUCUUCAACACGUGCCACUGGUGUCGAUUACGAGAAGUUAACAAAAAAAUUUGGUUGCACUAAAAUUACAAGUGAACUUAUUAAAAAGGUUAAGUCUAUAAUCAAUAAAGACCCUCAUCAUUUAUUGACAAGAGGGAUAUUCUUUGCUCAUAGAGAUUUUGAUAUCAUAUUAGAUAUGUAUGUACAGAAAAAGCCAUUCUUUUUAUAUACUGGAAGAGGCCCAUCUUCAGAAGCAAUGCAUCUUGGACAUUUAAUUCCCUUUAUAUUUACCAAAUGGUUACAGGACAUAUUUGAUGUUCCCAUGGUAAUUCAAAUGACAGAUGACGAAAAAUUUUUUUGGAAAGAUUUAACCUUGGAGCAAACUCACACAUUAGCCAUAGAAAACGCUAAAGAUAUAAUUGCUUGUGGGUUCGAGCUCGAUAAAACUUUCAUUUUUAGUGAUCUUGAUUAUAUUAGCCAAAGCCGGGCCUUCUAUUCCCAUAUAUUGCGUAUCCAAAAACUUGUUAAUUUUAAUCAAAUCAAAUCGAUCUUCGGGCUAGGUGAAUCGGAUUCCAUAGGUAAAAUUCAGUUCCCGGCUGUCGAGGCGGCACCAUGCUUCACCGGUUCAUUCCCUCAUAUAUUCGGUGUUGAAAAUGCAAAAACUAAGGAAAUGAGGUGUCUCAUACCAUGCGCCAUUGAUCAGGACCCCUACUUCCGUAUGACCCGUGACGUAGCUCCGAAAUUAGGUUACGCCAAGCCCGCUAUGAUAUACUCGUCCUUUAUACCUUCCCUCCAAGGGGCUCAGACGAAAAUGAGUGCUAGUGAGGAAAUGACCUCUAUAUAUUUAACAGAUACUCCUAACCAAAUCAAGAACAAAAUCAAUAAAUUCGCCUUUUCUGGUGGCAAGGACACGAUCGAAGAACACCGAGAAAAGGGUGGAGACUGUUCAAUUGAUAUUCCUUAUCAAUAUCUCAAGUUUUUCAUGGAAGAUGACAAGAAGUUGGAGCAGAUUUAUCAAGAUUAUACAAUAGGUAAAAUGUUAUCCGGUGAAAUAAAGAAACAAUUAAUUCAAAUCAUUCAAGAUAUUGUUAAAGAUCAUCAAGAAAAAAGGAGCAAAAUAACAGAUGAAAUGGUUAAAGCUUAUAUGACCCCUCGGAAGCUUAAAUUUUCUUAUUAGUUUAUACAUUUCCAUCCUUUUUUUAUAAUUUAUUUCCUUUUUGUUCAAGCUAUGUAUAAUAAUUUGAAUUGUUAUUUAAAUUUUAUCAUGCCUGGGUAUAUGCAAGAAUUAGCUAAAUUUAUAAAUAUAGUCAUUAUUUAUAAUCCCAAUAAAAAAUGAUUAUUGUAUUUAAUGUCAUAAAUGGAAUCUAUAAGGAUUUGGAAUCAUUCAAUUUUAAAGAAAACGAUUUUUAAAUUUAAAAAAAUCUGAUUGGCCCAUCAUUUAUAUACUUGAGAAAUCCAGAAUCCGCGCGGAUUCCAUUCAUUACAACUUAUUAGAGUGGAAUAAUAUAUUUUUUUUAGCUUUUUAUACAAUUAAUAUUGAGCUCUAUAAAUAAUAUUAUAAUCUUUUUUACGCAUAAAGAGAGCAUUAACUUUCUAUUUUUUCUAAACUUAAUAAAAAGA